CUGUGUCCGAAGAAUGCGAGCGAUGGGCACAUCAUGUAUUAACUAUUGAGGUCUACCUGUCUUUGACAAAUGGCACCAUAACGUGCUUGCGAAGAUGUCGGCGACCCUUGCCUUCAAAGAGAACUUUGACUCUGAGAAAGCGAAAGGUGCCCUGGAAGACAUUCUAGCUGCGUUUGACCAACCUGAGAACUUUGCCAGACUUCAAGAUGCAAAAGAUCUUGCCGGAAAUGACAUGCUCAAGCACAUGCAGAUUGUUUUCCCACUUUUAACACAAAUAGAAAUGACUGUCAUCGAAAGCUACGGCUUCACACGCGACGGAGAAGGUGUGUUGCAGUUCGCCCAAAUAAUCAAGCAAAUGGAAAGGGAGCAUCCUGAAAUUGCACGGCUGAAUGCGGAGCUCCGAGCACAUUUCAUCCCUCCGAUGGUACCACCGUCGUUGCCUGAGAACUGAUAACUUUUUUACGAAGCAGGGACCGUAUUUUCUAACGAGCCGUUUCAUUAUUGGCUGACGACGCCGUGCCACCGAUCGCUGGCAAUGGCCACUCGGUGCGACGCACGAUAUUGGAAAAUGAAAUGAAACGUUCCAAGAUAAGGGCUGGUUUGCCUACAGUCGCCAUUCAAGUUAGUGCAAUGAAAGUUCAGUUUUACGAUGUUUCCAUGCCGCCAGGCAGCCUGUUUAUUAUCCCCCCCUUUUUUUUUCUUUUUAGAGCAAACAAUGUUCAGUCAUAAAUGAGACUGCCUGCAUUGCGUGAUCGGGUGUCUCAGAACAGACGGCCUGCUCUUACCUGAAUUAUUCUGCUUCUGCCGCCAGUUACCGAGACCCGUUAAUAAUUCUCCCUUAAACCCAACUGCCUAUGUCGUGGCUCGUAAGAAGCUGUACACUACGUUGCGUCUGUAGCGUACGGUUUGUUCAAGAAAUAUCGGUUCAUUCACUAAACGUCGCUUCAUUUUUAAAGUAUUGUAAAUGAUACAUAAUCACCAUGUUGUUGAUGUAGCUCUUCUAGUUUGUGAAAUUUUUGAAAAAACAAUGUUUUUUAAUGUAUGGUGUGCCAUUCAAGAUGCUAUAACAUAUUUGUUAAAAUAAAGAGUGACACGUACAGUGACACAAACUGUGUGUCUGAAUGGUAAA